AUGGCUGGAAAAUCGCAUAGAAGGAAGAAGCAAAGCAGCAAUUCAUCAAGUUCAUGUAGCUCAGACAAUGCUGAGGAUCCUGAUUACACUGCAAGGUGGGCUCAAAGGCUGUCCAGAAAAGAAAAGUUCACUUCCUUAAGUGGAUGGCAGAGACACAGCAGUUGUGACAUUAACGGUCUUCAAUUCACAGCUGGAACUUCAACAAUGAGAGGAAAACCAACACGUUCAUCGAAGAAGAAAGACAUCAAGCAAGGGGAGGUGAAACCGAUCAAAACAUCCAGAAUGGCACAAGCAAGGAAGGAGCCUGGUUGUUUGAAGAUUGAAAGAAUCAACUUUGGAAUCAAGAGAAGCUCCACUUCUAGAUGGAAUAGGAAAAUUAAAGAUGAAUUUGACCAAGAAAACAAAUUCUCCACAGACAGAAGUGGUAGAAGUUCAGAAAAUGAGAAUGACCAUGAGAAUCAAGGGUAUUCUGCUAGCAGAAUAAGAAAUCAAGAGGAUGAGAAUGAGAAGUGGAAGAUGAAAGCAACCAUAUUUUCGUGGCUUAUAGAUUCCAAAACAAUUGAAGAAAAUGCAGAAGUUUUCUAUAUGGAUGACCACAGCAAGAAGAUCAUUAAGGAGGGAAUAAUCAGGAGAGAGGGCAUAUUAUGCAACUGUUGCGAUAAGAUCUUUACUGUAGCAAACUUUAGUAUUCAUUGUGGGAGGCAAUCUGCUAAACCCUAUGAAAGGAUUUUCACUUCCAAGAAUCAAAACUCUCUUUUAUCUUGCAUGAUUAGAGCUUGGAAUAUGCCAGAAGAAUGUGAAAGUCGUAAAUUCAAUCGCAUUCAGACUAGAGGUAAUGCAAGUGACUCGUACGAUGAUGCUUGCAUGAUCUGUGCAGAUGGAGGAAACUUAAUGUGUUGUGAGGUGUGUAAUUCAACAUACCAUCAAGAUUGCAUUCAGUUGAAGGAGGUUCCUCGAGGAUCUUGGUAUUGUCCAUACUGUGUUUGCAGAUUCUGCAGAAAUCCGGCUCACGACAAUGACUAUUUAAUUGAAUGUCCUCAAUGUGAACAGAAAUAUCACUGGAACUGCCAUCUGCGGAGAGAAAUGAAGAUAAUAGAUCUCAACAGUCUGCCAUGUGCACCUUUUUGCGAGGGGCGCUGCAAAGAGGUUUAUGAUAAGUUGGAGAGACACCUAGUUGGAUUGAAAAAUGAGCUUGAUGAAGGUUUCUCCUGGAGUUUGCUUCAUCACAUGGACAAUGACAGAGGUAGUUACACAGAUGACACAUACAAAAGAAUCGUUUGCCACUCCAAGCUUGCUGUUGCACUGAGAUUGAUGGAGGACUGCUUUGAGCCAAUUGUAGACCGCCAUACUAGAAUCAAUGUGAUUCGUAGUGUUGUUUAUAAUUGCGGAGCAAACUUCAAGAGAAUCCAAUUUAGGGGGUUUUAUACUGCCCUCUUGGAAAAGGAUGAUGAAAUUAUCUCUGUGGCAUCCUUGAGGAUUCAUGGGACAAAGCUUGCUGAGAUGCCUUUCAUUGCAACCAGCGAUCAGUAUAGGUGCAAAGGAAUGUGCAAAAAGCUUAUGGUCGCAAUUGAAUCAGCUCUUUGUUACCUCAAUGUUGAAAGUCUGGUCAUUCCAUCCACAUCUGAGAGGAUCAGCAACUGGAUUGAAAAGUACGGUUUCCGUCUUCUUGAUUCUACAUUGAACAGAGAAAUCAUAUGUCGCAACACAUUGAUGUUCCAUGAUUCAGUCAGAUUGCAGAAGUCAUUAGUACCUUCUUGUUUGGCAAAAUCAGACAGAAGCAGUGGUGCAACUUCUUCACUGAGAAAGGCCAGGAUCAACCAACAACAACAUUGGCUAAGUUUUUCACAUAAAGCAGCUAUGGCAUCGUUAUUUGAUUUAGAUUUUCAACCUCCUGAAUGGAACAAAAACCCUUGGAUGAACAGCAGAGAAAGAAUGCCCUACAGAUAGAAAUCCAUGCAUUCAGCGAAAUGAUUUUUAUCAUGUAUGCUGGUGGUGUAGGAGUUUCUGUACUGGGACUGCAUUUUCUAUUACAGCUUUUGGCAACCUAUAGUGAAUAUAGUGGAUG